GAAUAAAGAUCUCAUUAAAACAACGCCAUUAAGGAACUCUAUGUUGGUAUGAAUUCAAAUGACCAAUUGAUGAACCUCUCAAGUGAAUUCUGCACUAACGUACUUGCUGUAUUCAGCAAUGGUCACAAGAUGUCUACAAAUUCCAAUAUGAGUUGUAGCUUGUUGGGCGAGUUGAACUUACCAAACAAUACAGGACACACUCUGAACAGAAGUGUGAACUAUGAACAGGUGCUGUGGUUUAUAAGCUAUGGGAUUGUCGUAACAUCGAUCUGUCUGUUUGGAAUUGUGUGCAACUGUUUGAAUUUGAUUGUUCUAGCGGGGAAGCAUCUCCAAGAGUCGCCAUAUACGUAUCUUACAGCUUUAGCCGUGGCUGAUUUAUUAACCCUCAUUUUGUUUUUCUUUACUGGUCUUGCAAGAGGUGUCUUCCCAGAUUCCCAUGGGUGGAUGAUAUUUCAAGCCCAUGUAUACUACCCAUUGGCCUACAUUAGCACUAUGGUAGGAAUCUUCAUGACACUAGCAUUAACAAUUGAGCGACUGAUAUUUGUGCAUUGUCCAAUCAGAUCAAGACAAUUGUGUAACCAGACAGUAGCGAGAAAAGUAACAAUAUGCCUCACAUCCUUUGCGAUUGUGUUUCAAUUUCCUCGAUUCUUUGCUUAUGAAGUUACUGAAAAUGGGGUGUUCUCUUUUACGCAUUUCGGAAAAAGUUUAGGAUACGAAAUCUACUCUUGGAUUCAUUUGGUUGUCUUUUCUGUUGGUAGCUGUGUUGCUAUAGCGAUAUUAAACAUUUUGUUGAUCCAUGGGGUGUACAAAAUGGAAAAACGCCGCAAAAGUCUAGUAUUCCAAAAGAGCAGCAUGGUUCGGCAAAUGAGCAACCAGAACCGUUUAACGCUAACCUUGAUCAGCGUUGUUUUCUUGUUCCUGAUUGGUCAGUUACCAUCUUCCUUCCUGAGUCGCGGAUUCAUCACACUUGUGUCGGGAAACAAGGAAAUUCUCCAAUCGUACACAUAUCGUGUAGCCAGCAUGGUAUCCAUGAUAUUGGUCACCCUGAACCACAGCCUUAACUUCGUUAUCUACUGUGCCUUCAACAAGAAAUUCUGGGCCGUGUUUAAACAGGUUUUCUCCCGAGCGAGACGUGGUAGUCGUGUUGGAUCAACUACAGAAUCCAGUACCAGUGAUUCGAACCCUCGUUCCCCAUAUAAAAUCAGGACAUUUAACACAGAGGAGCUGUCUGUGUUACAUAACAGUAUAAGUACUGGUACACUACAGAGCUACGUAAGGGACUCCAAUUUCACUAGAGUGAAUUCAACACUCACAACAGUUGACUAAAUGAGCAUUUUGAAAAACGUUAGAUUUAAUUUCAGUAGAAAUUGACUUUCUUCGAAUGGCAAUAAUGUUAUUCCACUGUUCUAAUUUCACUGAAAAUUGUUUAAA